UCGUCAAACAAACUUCCUGAAUAUUGAUUAAAUAGACAUUUAUCGCAAUCCACACCUCUAACUGGACUCUAAGCAAUUCCCACCGUUGUUGCGUUGAUAUUUCGGAUAUCUUAUGUCGUUUAGAACUUCUAAGUCAUCGAGGCGAUCGCAGGAGCAAAUUGAAAAUGGCUCAAGAGCAUGGGAACAGAGGAAGAGUCACCUCGAUAGCCAACAAAUAGAAGAUAAUGCGAAAGAUGUGACUACUUUUGAGGAAGCCCAACAUAAAGCCCUCGUCAACCGAAUUUUCAAUAUCAUGAAACUUACGCAAGAGCGGGUGCAAGUGGCUUUAAUGAUCCCACAUCUGCUAGGUGACCAGAAUACAGGACUUAAUCGAUUUCUCAGCUCUGAUGAGAAAAAUGAGCUUAGAAGACUUUGUGAAAAGUAUUUACAAUCGGAUGAUUUAGGAGACAUGAACGAUUCCGAGAAAAGUGUAAUGAUAGAUUACGAACUUAUUAACGCUAUUGAUCUAAUUCAUAAGAAUAAAGAGCUUCUUGAGCAUAUACCAUACUAUAUUAAGUGCCUUCCGGAAUCAUCGCAAAACUUUAUGAAUGCCAUGAACGAUCUCAAAACAUUGACGGAGGCUCGAAUAAAAACUUCGGCAAGAACCGAAAUUGAAAAAGAGAAAAUGUUACAUCAGAUUUGCCAUGAAAACGAAAAGAUGGACCAGAAAAUUGAAGAAGUGAAAGCUCAAUUGCGAGAACGGGAGAUAUCACUGCAGUGGAGGAUUGCGGAAAAACAGGCACUCAUUCAGAAAUUCAAAAAGGAACUAGCAACAAAAAAAUGGAAUAAUCAUAUUUUUAUAAAGAAGGAAGUAGGAACAGCCAAUGAACGGAUGGCACACAUUUAUGCCAAAAGCGAGGAACGGCAGCAAGAACUUCGGGAAGAAGCGGCCAAAUCUAAACAAGCAUAUGAAAACCUACUACUGGAAAAUAUUCGAGCCGAUAAAAAACUCCGAGAAAGAAAAGCUCGUAUUCUCACUCAACUCAACGGCUGGAUAAAAAAAUAUGACAACGACAUCGGUGAUCGAACACGUGAGGUUAAUCGUUUAGAUGCUGAACUAGCGGAAAAGACAGCGGACUUUGAUGAAUUCAUGAAGCUCUACGAAAAACAAGAAGUGGAAUACAACGCUAUCCUGCAAAUGCGCGAGGCAGAAGAUAAGAAACUACAAGAGGAAAAAAUGAUCCUUUUCAUGAUGAAUCGAGCCGCGAAAUUAAUCCAGAAGAAAUGGCGUGAAUAUAUGCACCUUAAGAAGAAGAAGGCCAAAGGCAAGGGAAGGAAGGGGAAGAAGUAAAUGUAUGAUUAAUUUAUU